ACACGCAUAUUUGGACAUUAACUAUGACAAUUAAGCCAAGGGACAGCACCAGAUACAAAAAUCAAUAACAAUACAAUGAGCCUUCACUUCCCCAAAAAUGCUCCUACAAAAGGCCCCAUGCCCACAGCCAUACCAUCCUCACCCACAACAUUCAGAUUCAAAAGCAGCAACAUUGUCACCUUUCUCCUCCAUAACCAUAACAAUAAUCAACCUCACCUUUCUACAAGCUUCCAUAAUCACAAACCCACUACAACAACAGCAACAGAAAAAUUAAGCAAAAGCUCUAGUACCAGUAACUCCUGCAUUUCUUCUUCACCAUCUGGGUCUUUUUCUUUGAUUCGGACCAAGAUGGUGGCAAUGGUGGCGGUAGAUCCCUACGUUCUCUGGACCUUCUUUGCCUCCCUCUUGGGUUUCGUUACUCUCUCUGUUCUCCGUCGCCGUAAUUACGGUAAUGGCAUGGCCAAAGACAGGGGCAAGGUACAGAAGAACAAGAACAACACGAAUAAGAGCCUUGUUUCAGAACAAUGUGUCAAGAGCUCCGACGAAGGAGAAUUCCGGCCGGUGUACCUCUCCGGCACCGACGUCAUCAUUGUCGGCGCCGGUGUUGCUGGCGCUGCUCUCGCCCAUACCCUUGCCAAGGAGGGAAGACGUGUUCAUGUGAUUGAAAGAGACUUGACAGAGCCAGAUCGAAUUGUUGGUGAACUUCUCCAGCCAGGGGGAUACUUGAAAUUGAUUGAGUUGGGUCUUGAAGAUUGUGUGGAGGAAAUUGAUGCUCAGCGAGUGCAUGGAUAUGCUCUUUUUAAGGAUGGGAAGAAUACUAGGCUGACCUAUCCUCUGGAACAGUUUCACUCGGAUGUGGCAGGAAGAAGUUUCCACAAUGGGCGAUUCAUACAGAGGAUGAGAGAAAAAGCUUCUAAACUAACGAAUGUACAGCUUGAGCAAGGUACGGUAACUUCCCUGCUUGAAGAAAAUGGGACAAUUAAGGGGGUUCAAUACAAAACCAAGGAUGGUCAAGAACUUAAAGCAUAUGCUCCUCUUACAAUUGUUUGUGAUGGUUGUUUCUCAAAUCUGCGCCGCUCUCUUUGCAAGCCUCAGGUAGAAGUGCCAUCCUGUUUUGUGGGAUUAAUCUUGGAAAAUUGCGAACUCCCAUUUGCAAAUCAUGGGCAUGUAAUUCUUGGAGAUCCCUCUCCAAUCCUGUUCUAUCCAAUCAGUAGUACAGAAGUCCGCUGUCUGGUUGAUGUACCUGGCCAAAAAUUACCUCCCAUUGCCAAUGGUGAAAUGGCCAACUAUUUGAAGACUGUGGUGGCUCCACAGGUUCCACCUGAACUUCAUGAUGCAUUCAUUUCUGCAGUUGAUAAAGGAAAUAUCAGAACAAUGCCAAAUAGAAGCAUGCCAGCCAACCCACAGCCAACUCCAGGAGCUCUUUUGAUGGGUGAUGCUUUCAAUAUGCGACAUCCUUUAACUGGUGGAGGAAUGACUGUGGCACUGUCUGAUAUUGUGGUACUCAGGGAUCUUCUUAAGCCACUGCGUGACCUACACGAUCCAGCUUCAUUGUGUAAAUACCUAGAAUCCUUUUAUACCUUGCGCAAGCCGGUUGCAUCUACAAUAAAUACCUUGGCAGGUGCCCUAUACAAGGUGUUCUCUGCCUCCCCUGAUGAAGCAAGGAAGGUGAUGCGCCAAGCAUGUUUUGACUAUCUAAGCCUCGGAGGUACCUGUUCAACUGGACCAGUGGCUUUGCUCUCUGGUCUAAAUCCCCAUCCAUUGAGUUUGGUUCUUCAUUUUUUUGGUGUGGCGGUAUACGGUGUUGGCCGUUUGCUACUACCAUUUCCUUCACCAAAACGCAUUUGGAUUGGAGUCAGAUUAAUUUUGAGUGCAUCGGGUAUAAUAAUUCCCAUCAUCAAGGCAGAAGGAGUGAGACAGAUGUUCUUUCCGGCUACUAUUCCAGCUUAUCAUGGAGCUCCUCCUGUUGAGUGAGCUACAGAAAAUGAUAUGAGAGAGAGCAAGGUGUGCUUCAGAUUUGUUGCCUUUCAAAAGUCAAGACAAACCAGCAUAUACCUGCAACUUCUUUCUUGUUAAUGAUAGAUUAAGAGGAAAUUCCAUUUGUAUUUUUUUUAACCAAUUGUAUCAUUAUUUAUUGGUUUAGGACCACUCUCAAUGUAUGAACAAGAAGUGAUGUGAAACUCAAAAUAUGUGUAUCUUAUGUCGACUAUAUGGUAGAUAUUUGUAUUACAUUCGUUGCAUUU